GCUUCUGUGGUUGAUGUUGCUUUCUGUUGAAAAAACGGAAAUUCUGCUGCUUCUGCUUUUCAGUUUUAAAAAUAGGGAGUUUGACCAACAGUGUGAAACAGCCAUCAGUGAAGGACAGUCUGUUCAGUUCAACUAGAGAGAUUUCCAGUUUGGUUCUCUAAAGACACACAAGAACAUGAUUGCUACGGAAAAGUUGCUUCUGAUUUCCUGCCUUUUUCAAGGUAUGAUUUGCAAUGAAUUUAAAGUCUUCAUGCCUCAGCGUAUUAAAGCCUUUAGUGGCUUCUGUGUGCUGAUUCCAUGUACAUUCACAAUUGAAGAGAGGUUGGAGAGUGCAAUGGUGGAACCGGCCAGAGGAAUUUGGAUGACUUCUACAAAUGUAGGAGAUACUGUAUUUGACUCCAGUAAACAUUAUAAUGAAAAUACCCUGAAAGCAAAGCUACUUGGUAACGUGACUAACAAGAAUUGCACCACAAUAAUAAAUCAUUUAAAAACCAGCGAUUCAAAAAGUUAUUUCUUCAGAGCAGAACCUCUUAAAUACAACUUUCAUCAGAGUGUUUCGCUUGAAAUUGUAGACUCUCCGGACCGACCUGUGAUCAGCCCAUCGAGUGCAGUGAAGGAGGGAGCUCCCACGAGUUUAGCCUGCACUGCUCCAGCCCCGUGCCCAAGAGAUCCUCCAGCCCUGGUGUGGAGCGACACUCUGAACGGGAGUGUGGAGAUAGAGCAGGUUGAGCAGCAGGAUGGGACCAAGGCUGUAUCUUCUGUUCUGACGUUCACUGCCUCACAUCUGCACCACAACAAGGACAUCACAUGCACUGCGCAGUAUCCAGUGGGGUCUGAAACUAAAAGCGCUGGAAAAGUCUCGACUCUUCAUGUUCUCUAUUCACCGAAGAACACAUCGGUGUUAAUAAACCCUUCUGGUGAAAUACAGGAAGGAGAUCAUGUGACACUGAGCUGCAGCAGCAAUGCAAACCCAGCAGUGAGCCGCUACACCUGAUUUGAAGUGAAGGGAGAUAAUAUCACAGAGAAAAGUGCUGAACAGGAUCUCACUUUUACUGACAUUAACCCGAGUGACAGUGGACUGUACUACUGUGAAGCAAGGAAUGAGCAUGGGGCAGAGAACUCGACAGCCGUGCAGCUGAAUGUAGCAUCUCCUGCAACUCCAUGUAUUUAUGUUGUCAUGGGAACAGCGGCUGUUCAGAUGUUAGCCACCAUUUUGGUUGUUGUAUUCAUAAUGAAAAGAAAGAGAAAGGUA